CGUUGGCAACACCUUUUUUCACUAGUGAUUUUUCUUCGCUUGCAAUUUGUGGACGUAAUCAAACAGCUAUCGCAAAUUAAUUGAAAAUAAAUAAAAUAACUUAUUUAGUGUGAAUUCCAGCGAAUAUAUCAUGGGAGAUUCGCUGGAGAACGCCGAUACCUCUGUGGAGGCGGUGGCAAAUGUGACUAUUGUCGAUUAUGGCGCAUUUGCUAAUUAUAUACGUAAAGCAGUGACCAUCUUGCUGCCUGAAGAAGAUGUAGUUCCUCCGGCAUUAAAUGUUGCACUGGAGGACCAAGAUAAUCAAGAACGCAUAAAAAAGUUUCUUUCGGAUCCACAGGUGCAAGCAUUGUACAUCCAGCGGAAUUGCUUAAAAGAAGAUGAGAAUGAACAACCCGCCGAAGGGGAAGAGGAGAAAGAGUUUGUGAACUAUCAAAUUAGUAAUGAUGUACACUUUACCAACAGCCGUAUGGCUUCGUUAGCGUGCAUCAAGCGUGGUGCCGUAAUUGAAGCAGACAAAUCUAUACAUUCCCAGUUGCGCCUGAUUAAUUUCUCUGAUGGUUCACCGUAUGAGACGUUGCAUGCAUUCAUUUCAAAGUCCUUGGCGCCUUACUUCAAGUCUUACGUUAAGGAAUCGGGACGUGCUGAUCGUGAUGGUGAUAAAAUGGCGCCUUCUGUUGAAAAGAAGUUGGCCGAGUUGGAGAUGGGCCUUUUGCAUCUACAGCAAAACAUAGACAUACCAGAAAUAACGUUGACGGCACAUACUUCUGUAAAUGCGGUCAUACGUAAAUGCGCUGAUGAAAACCGCAAGGCUAAAGUGGCUGACUUUGGUGACAAAGUAGAGGAUUCGUCAUUUCUUAAUCAACUACAAAAUGGUGUAAAUCGUUGGAUUAAGGAAAUCAAAAAGGUUACCAAGUUAGACCGUGAUCCAUCAUCGGGCACAGCUCUACAGGAAAUAUCAUUUUGGUUGAACUUGGAGCGCGCUCUGUAUCGCAUCCAGGAAAAGCGCGAAUCACCAGAAGUUGCCCUCACACUAGACAUAUUAAAACAUGGCAAACGUUUCCAUGCCACCGUGUCGUUUGAUACUGAUACCGGCCUAAAACAGGCCUUGGCUAUGGUUGCCGAUUAUAAUCCCCUAAUGAAGGAUUUUCCCAUUAAUGACUUGCUAUCUGCUACCGAGCUGGAGAAAAUUCGCCCAGCAGUGCAGCAGAUUUUCUCACAUUUGCGCAAAGUACGUAACACCAAGUACCCAAUACAACGUUGUCUCAAACUCAUCGAAGCUAUUUCACGCGAUUUGUCACAACAACUACUAAAAGUGCUGGGUACACGUCGGCUAAUGCAUAUUCCAUUCGAUGAAUUUGAACGUGUCAUGAAUCAGUGCUUUGAAAUAUUCAGUUGCUGGGACGACGAGUACGAUAAAUUACAAGGCUUAUUGCGCGACAUUGUAAAGAAGAAGCGAGACGAGCAUUUGAAGAUGGUCUGGCGCGUAUCACCUGCGCAUAAGAAGCUUCAGACACGCAUGGAGCAUAUGCGCAAGUUCCGUCGCCAACAUGAACAAUUGCGUACUGUAAUUUUGCGUGUGUUGCGCCCUACCAAGCAAGCACAAAAUAAUGAUACCAAUGCUGUCGAAACGAAGCAACCAUAUAGCCUGGAAGCGGCUGAUGCUAAUGCUAUUGAAGAGGUGAACUUGGCAUAUGAAAAUGUCAAAGAGGUAGAUUGCUUGGAUAUAACCAAGGAAGGAUCAGAAGCUUGGGAAGCAGCUGUGAAACGUUAUGAAGAAAAAAUUGAUCGCGUCGAAGCACGCAUCACAGCACAUUUGCGUGAUCAACUCGGCACUGCUAAGAAUGCAAACGAAAUGUUUCGUAUUUUCUCGCGCUUCAAUGCGCUGUUUGUGCGUCCGCACAUACGUGGUGCAAUACGAGAAUAUCAGACACAACUUAUACAACGUGUAAAGGAUGAUAUUGAUGCAUUGCACGAGAAGUUCAAGGUACAAUAUCCACAAAGCAAAAGCUAUCGUCUUUCCACUGUGCGCGAUUUACCACCAGUAGCUGGAUCGAUCAUUUGGGCACGUCAGAUCGAUAACCAAUUGACAAUGUAUUUGAAACGCGUAGAAGAUGUGUUGGGCAAGGGCUGGGAAACGCAUUUGGAGGGACAAAAACUAAAAGCAGAUGGCGAUAGCUUCCGCGCCAAGCUCUCAAUUUCUGAAGUAUUCCAGGAAUGGGCACGCAAAGUGCAGGAACAUCAGGCAUGCCCAACGCCGACAGAACUCUAUAAGCAAGUGUCCAGCGCCGGCAGAACUCUAUAA